AUGCGGCUACAGAAUUUCGACCAGUUCGACAGUCGUUUGUUUAUUUUCUGAUUCAUAAUGGCGGUGAGCAAAUGAUAAGGAGAAGCGUGCAAUAUAACCUACAAUUAACAUAGUUAUAGUCUCAGUGACUUUAAUUUACUCUGUGUGUAUUUUGUAAGAGAACGUAAUGGUGCAAUUAAAUUUAAUGUUUAAAUGUCCAUAUUUCAAGUGAAUAGUUAAAAGUACGUGAAAAGAUUUGGAUGGGGUUCCAAAUGUGUAGGCAAAUAAUAUACGAACACAAUUCCCGACAAUGACAGCUGUUAAAGGACUAGAUAACAUGAUCGCCAACCCAGGCUGUAAUGUUCAGUCUGGUGUUGUUCUGCUCACUGGCUUACCAACGAAUUUCUUUAACGAAGAAGUACCAACAUUAAUUUUGAGGACUCAACAAGACACACUAGGUGCUCAGGCACAGGAAAAUACGCAAGUUCAACCUAAUUUAGGUUUGUAUUCGAUCGUUCUGGGAAGUGAAUUAUUAGAACCAAGCCUGCAAGAGGAAAAUAGAGAAUCCAUCGAAAAUAAUAAAUCUGGUGAUGAGAGCAACAGUGACCAGUUGUUGAAUUCAGUAAACAUUCCUUCUGAACAGAACAUGAUCAGUGCUAGACCAGUAACACACAUUGAAAUUAUCAGACAGAAGCCCAGUGUAGUGAAGGUGAAGCAUGGUGCAUCUCGUCGUGUCACUGGUGCAAACAGAGUGGUACCAUUGAUUACAAGCAUGUGGCAGAAACGAGAGCUCAAAAGCAUUGAACCAUCUUUGGCAGCAACGUACAAAACAAUUCUGGAUGAUCCAGAUUACAGUGAUGAACAUGAAUGUGAAACAUGCCACAAGCAAUUUCUGUCGGCCACACAGGUAGAACACCACAUUAAGGAGAUGCAUCCUCAACAACAGGUGGUGCUAGAACAGUGCUUUGUAUGCAGGAAGAAGUAUGUGGUCCAGUCUCAGCUGAAGCGCCAUCUAUCAGCAGUUCAUGGAAUUCAGUACCCAGAAAUGAUAUGCAAAAUAUGCUUCAUGGAAUUUAACACAGUGAUGGAACAGAAAGCACAUGAGCGCAAACAUGACAAAAUAUAUUCUUGUCAGUAUUGCUCCACAAAAUUUGCAUCAGUAUACUUUUGUCAGAAACAUUAUGACAAGCACCUUGUUGAUGUGAAGCCGUAUCAAUGUUCGUAUUGUGGGAAAAGAUUCCAGAACAGCAUUUCACUUGACAUCCAUCGCUAUCGGCACAGAUGCUCAAAAUGUCUGAUAUGUCACACAUUGUUUGCAAACGAAUUGGAAUUGUUAAUGCACGUAAGGGAUCAUGGGGUCCAGGGCAAGAAUCAGUUCUUGGCAGCAAUUGAGGAGCUGGACCAAGAGGAGUCCCAGUUGGAAGACAUGCUGGGUGUCUACUUUAAAACAAGCACAGAAAAUCAUCCAGCAGCAGACAUCAAUAAAGAUGUGACUGACUGUGUAGAAGGGCUCCUGUGUUCGGUCUCCCAGACACUGGAAGCUGAUGGGUCGGUACCAGAGUCACUGGCAGACAAGAGAGGACUGGAGUGCAAGCUCUGUGGACUGGAGGUUCAGUCACCAACCGAAUUGGUGGAGCAUCGGCGUAGCAAUCAUAUACGUAGCUGUACAUGCCUGGUUUGUGGUAAGAGAAGCCGAUCUGUCAGCCAGACAUGGCGACAUAUAGCCACGCAUGUCGACAAAGUGAAGUCUAAUGAAACGGUGUACCUCGUCAAAAAGACUGAGCAACAGUGUCACGUGUGUCACAAGACUUUCCUGUCAAAAGGGAAGAAGAAUUUCCACUUGGAACAUGUGCACAAGGUUGAAACUAUCCAGCGUCCACACAGCUGUACAGUCUGUUCAAGAAAAUUCCAACAUAAGACUUCUAGAGACAGGCAUAUGCUGCUACACAGAAAGGACAAGAGUGGCCUCAGAUGUUCAGUGUGCAGCCAAGUGUUUCUGCGACCCAAAUUCCUGGUACGGCAUGCCACAGAGCAUGAGUCCUGCAAUGAGUGUCACAUCUGCAGCAAAACAUUCUCCAGCCGCAGACAACUCAAAGUGCACCUAAACGGCCACAGCCAUGCUGUGUUUGGAAAGAAGUUCAAAUGCUCACUGUGUUCAGUGACCUGUCAGGGUGUGUCGGGCCUGCGGGAACACAUGAGAAUCCAUACUGGUGAGCGACCCUUCAACUGCACUCAAUGUGAGGGGAGGUUCAAACGCCUCCAGGCCCUCAAGAAGCAUAUCAGCACUGUGCAUUGUGGUCCUGGCACAGUGAAUCACCCCUGUGCCAGCUGUCCGAUGAUUUUCAAUAAUCGAGGGAACUUGCUGCGCCAUUUCUUGCGCAUCCACCGUGGUUUGCGUCGCUUCAUAUGUGGGCUCUGUGGUGCCCGCUAUGGACAGAACCAAGACUUGCGAAGGCAUCUCAAGGCAAAACACCAAGUGGAUAUGCCAGUCAUUUCAUGUGUGGACAAGAAAACUGUCAGCGAGAUUUAUGUUCUGCCACCUAUCGAUAAAAUCCCUGAGUCACAUCCACAUGCAGAAAGGAUAAACAAACUUGUGGCUGAGGAGAAGAGCAAACUUGAAGAUGUAACAGAGAUGAUAGGUAAGAAGGGUCUGGUAGCAAGACAUAUCACACCAGAGGACCUUGCAAUUCGGCCCACAAAGGUCAGUCACAAGGAGCCAGUUCAGUCAAAACGUUUAAAUGACAAAGAGAAUAUAUCGUCAGACAAGGCAAAUCAGUAUAUAAGUCCAGACACUGACAGUAUUACUGAUGUGGCAUGUUCAAGGAAGAUGGAUCUUGGAGCUGCUAAUAAACCCCCACAGCCUGGUAAAUCUUCAUUCAGCACUAAGAUGCAACUUGGAAGUCUGGAGGAGCAGCAAGAAGUACAAGAAGUAAAAGCAGGGAGUUCCAUGCCAGUAGUUGGAGAUGUGUCAUCCCAGUUCAAGAGCAUCAUAAAAAUGCAAACAUGUAGCCAGUGUCAUAAGCCAUUUUGUGAAGACACACUGAGUAAAGUGGGAUCGGACAGCAUAAAGAUCAUUUGUAAGAAAUGCACAGUUUCAGAAAGUAGCACACCUGAGGAGAUGCUGACUUUAUAUCGGUGUGGGAUAUGUUUCAUGGACUUCUUUGAAAGAGAUGUUCUGACAAGGCACAUGGAUGAACAGCACAAGGUGCCUCCUGAACUAAUACCAAGUGUAGUCACAAAAACCUCUACAGACGUAUCAAAUACAGAUACCACUGUCACGAAUCUGAGCCAAGGCCCUGCCACGUCAACAGACAUGGGACUGUUAUGUCCACCAAUGAACUUACUUCUACGGAACAUUGUUUUACAGCCACGACCAGCAAUACAAACAUUGCCUCUAACAUUCACCAAUCAGAACAUCCUGCUGAACUCUGCCCCCAUGUUCACACUCCAGCCAUCAGUGCUGACAACUCUGUCUCAGUCUUCUGGAAUUAUAACUCCAAAGAACUUGCUGUCUGGCCCUAGUAUGUCCCUGCAAACCCCUGCAGAAGUUUUAAUAAACCCAGGAAAAGUUCUGUUACCAGAUUCUGUUCCUGAAGUUGCUAAACCGAAGCUGAAUUCAAUGAAUAAAGCCAUGGAUAACAGCAAAUUGAUCCUAGAGGCAAAUCCUGUGGAGAAGACCGUAAUCAGGAAGUCAAAUAACGAAUCACCAAAAGCAACAGAGAAACAUCCAGUUGGAGCAGAGUACACCUGCAAACAGUGUGGCAAAAAAUUCUUCAACAGUGCAAGACUGGAACGGCACCUCAAGACACAUAUGGGAGAACGACCCUUUGGCUGUGCUCAGUGUGGCAAACAUUUCUCGGAGAAACACAACCUGAAAGUGCACAUGCGUACACACACUGGAGAGCGCCCAUACACGUGUACAGAAUGUGGCAAGCAGAUGAGGUACCAGAAAGAUUUUGCAGAUCACAAGAAGCAACACCUAGGAAUGAAGCCAUUUGAAUGUACAGAGUGUGGCCAGCGGUUUCUCCGACAGAGAGAACUUGUACGGCACAAGAUUACUCACACUGGAGAAAAGAAGUACAGGUGUCCCAUCUGUGACAAGGCUUUUGCCCGUAUGGAUCAACUGAAAUUGGUGCACAUGCGUCAGCACGAGACCAAGCCAGAGCCUUCCCCUUUUGUUUGUAGAACUUGCCAUAAGAGGUUCAGAGUCAAGGGGAAGCUUGAACAGCACCAGAUCCUGCACUCAGGCCAGAAGAAUCACCACUGUCCAAUCUGUGAUAAAGCUUUUGCAUUAGAUGUGUAUCUGAAAUCACAUCUGAAGACGCAUAAGAAGCAGGAUGGCUACAUCCAGUGCCCAAAGUGCGCUCGAAGAUUUGCUUCUGAAGAGACAUUACAGAUCCAUGAUGACAGGUUUCAUGUCAGAAUGCAGAGAAUUGCAAAGCAGUCCAGAGACGGGAACAAAAAGAAGCAUAAAAAAUUGAGUGUACUCCCAGACACGGCCCUGCUGGAGCCUGAAAUAGACAUCACAGAUAUGGAUGCAAUAGGGGCAGUCAGCCUCCUGGAGGAGGGAGAUGACAUCCUUUCGGACAAGUGUAACACUGUCGUCUAUCUGCAGAUGGUGCCAGACCUUGAUUUGUCUCUCAAUAACGACACCUCAGAGUAAUAUCAUGCAAGGUCAAUAAACAGAGAUUCAUCACAUCAUCUUGAGGUAUUGAUAUGUUCCCUUCUUGUCCACUUUUUUCCUUGCCAACUACCAGAGCCUGAAGACUCAGCACUGCUAAUUCUAAAGCUUACCAUGGGACAUGAUCCUGAGCCAGCUCUACCCACCUCCCAUCCUCACAACCUAUUUCCCUAAGAUCCAACU